AUGGGGUCCCAUGAUGACGACAAUGAGCCGCGUAUCGCGUCGUCGCGUCGCAGCCUCGAUUUCGCGGUUCGUCCGCUGCUGCUUCAAAAUAACGAGCACGUUCGUUCUGAACGUCCCUUGUCCGAACGCGCCCUCCGCGAACGUCUUCUGGCGUCGUGCUUUCCCUUCUGUCGCCCACUAGUAACGCGCACAGCUGAUCCCGUACCUACUCUACAAGCCUCAGAUGACGUCAGCGUCCGUCUCGCUGACGCAAACCACGCGCUUCAAGAUAGCGAUAGCGAUGAGGACGAUAAUAACGGGGAUGCCAGGGGUGGCUCUUAUGCGCGUUCUCUGCUGCCACGUGUCAUCGGAUCCCUAUGCCGCUGCUUGCCUUGGCAUUGGACGGGGAAUGAAAAUCAUGGCGCGGCGAGGCGGUUAGGGGGAGCUGCUACUCGUGGGUCGAAUCAAAUCGCGAGGCGAUUAGGAGGAGAGGCGGACAAGCAAGCUGGCGGGGACGAGGAGGAGGAGGGGACUGUGAGGGUAGCAGAGGGGGAAGUCGGAGGUGAGGGAGACGAGGAGGCGAGGGAGGAAGGAGUGAAGGAGGUCGAGGGGAAAGGGGAUGAGGAGGUUAGGGAGGAGGGAGGGGAGGAGCCACCUCCUGUGUAUCUGAGAUUCGAAAACCAGACAGAAACAGCAGUGGACGUGCUGUGGCUGUCGCACACAGGCGAGGAGCACUCUUAUUUCACCCUCCUGCCUUCCUGCUGCAACACUCAGGCGACCUUUGAGGGAAACGUGUGGCUCGUGCGUGAUGCUGCCACUAAGAAGCUGUUGCAUAGGGUUAAGUCUUUGCUGUGCCGUUGUGAUUCCCGCCUGUCUGUCUGCUCCAUGCCCAAAUGUGCGCCUCCUAUCUUUCAGGUCGCGCUGUGCUCCUUGGCUGGUCGUCGACAGCGUGCUGACAGCAGUGGCAAGCGAGUGGUAACAGAGGACGAGGCAGAGGGCGACGUGCGGGUCUUGAGGCAUCUUAAAACUCGUGUGGUAUCAGAGGACGAGGCCGAGAGGGGCAAGCGAGUGGUAACAGAGGACGAGGCCGAGAGGGAUGUGCGCGUGCCAUCGUGCUACAGGCAGGUGGUAGGCACGGCGGUGGGCGUGCCGGUGGUGGCGCAUGGCCAUGUGUGCAUGCCGGCGCUCUGUGCUGCUGCUGACAUCGUUGAACACAUGCUGGAGGUAAGGCACAUGCUGGAGGUAAGGCACAUGCUGGAGGUAAGGCACAUGCUGGAGGUAAGGCACAUGCUGGAGGUAAGGCACAUGCUGGAGGUAAGGCACAUGCUGGAGGUAAGGCACAUGCUGGAGGUAAGGCACAUGCUGGAGGUAAGGCACAUGCUGGAGGUAAGGCACAUGCUGGAGGUAAGGCACAUGCUGGAGGUAAGGCACAUGCUGGAGGUAAGGCACAUGCUGGAGGUAAGGCACAUGCUGGAGGUAAGGCACGUGCUGGAGGUGCUCUGUGCUGCUGGUGACAUCGUUGAAUACAUGCUGGAGGUAAGGCAUUGCCACUCCUGA